AUGGCAGCGACCGGCUCCAAUGCCAAGGGCCUCGCCAACAUCAGGCACGACAAGCCCGAAGUGCCCGGUGAAGGCGAAGACGCACCUCCCAAGGUCUCGUCUUGCGACAUCAAGCGGGUGUCUACCGGCUCAGCGAAAUCUGCUGGAGCCUCCGCUGUCGUUGGCGUUACGGCCACGUUUCAGUCCCUGAUCAAUGGCCUGGUUCAGCAACACUUGGUCGAGUUAGCUGCGGCGCAAGGAGCGAGCGGCGAAGACUCCAUCGGCGUUGCUCUUCCACGGCAGUGGUCGCAGGGCUUCCGGUCGGCCUCCCGCAAGAUGACCGAGCCGAAGGCGCAGCAAGUCGAGGGGAAGGACAUCUUCGGGGACCGAGCCCACACGUCGGACAUGGAGAGAUUGACCUCGGUGGACUCGGCGGCGUCGUCGGGCUCAGAGAGGAGGAGGGCAAUGAAUGGAGCCUACUUGCGCUCGCCCACCAUCGGAGACGUGCUGUGUAAGAAGAAGGACAACUUGGCGCAGAUGAACGCGAGUAAGAUCUUGGAAGCACUGGAAGAGGACGACGAGGACGAUGGUGUCAAAUCUCCGGCCAGUUUCGCGGGUGACAUGAAGGCGCUGUUCAGACACCGUGGGUCCAUGGAAGAUGUCCAUUUCACGAAGUCUGGGGACGUGAAGCGCUACCUCCAGAUGUCCAAGUCGGAGAGGGCCACAUAUUGGUUAACCUCUACACCUUACGAGAUGGCGGUGGCUUUGAUCCUCCUGCUCAACGUCCUGUGGAUGGCACUGGAUCUUCAGAUCCAUGGCUCCAUGUCCGGUAGUGAGAUGGGCAUCGGCGGCGUCUUUCUCUUCGAGUCAAGCGAGCUUUCGGACGAGCUGAUUCAUGCCGGGGAUGUUUUCUUUGCCGUCAUCUUUGCCGUGGACGUGGUGGCUCGCAUCAUCUUUGUUGGGAGGAGGUUUUGGCAUAGCUGGCCGAACUACAUCGAUUUGGCUGUGUCCGUCACAUCGAUUGUUGAGCUUUCUCUUUAUUACAGCCUGGAGUCGCCAAUCUCCCCAGUUAUGGCCAGCAAGCUUCAGCUCCACACGCCCGCUCUCCAGGCCUUUCGCAAUUACGUGCUCCUGGAGUUGGGAUGGCUGCAUUAUGAGCACUUCCUGGUUUCCACCUACGGGGCUGACAGACGGCAAGGCUCAGCGAAGCUUUGCGCGCUCAAGCGCGCCCAGUGCGAGAUGCCUGCGGACAGGGCCCUCUCAGGUACAUUGGACAGAAUGGAUGAUCAGAACCGAAACGACAACCUACAGACCGACUUUCGGUUUCUGCGGGGCGUUCUGGAGCGACCGCCGCAACGGAACGACAUCAACUGGAUCCUCAAUGCUGGCAACCAGUACUGUGCUCCGCGGCACAUCCUUCUGCAAUGCCUCUGCCGCCUUGCCUGCCGCACCCUUUCAGACAACCUGGUGCACCGGUUCAUGGCGCAGACCAUGGCAAGAAUCAUACAUGCCCGAGCUCAGCCGCUCUUCUACCAGGACACCGUUGUCGCUCUCCUGCCGUUGGUUCCUCGGACCAGCUUGGGUCGGCUUCAAGCCUGGUAUGCCAACUACGAAUUUCAAGAACGAUGUCGACACGCCCUCCUCCAUGGACUGCAGCCGUCGCCGAAUCAGCUUGUGGAGCCUCCAGGCCCAUGGGCCGGAGACAUCGGCUACCUCGGCGCCGUCGUCUACGUCAAGGCCGACACCGAAACCCACUGGGCCAACUCCAGCGAGUUCGUGCACAACUCGUGGCACUGCGUGUCCAGCUCUGAUGGCACUAGGAACGUACCUAUACAGUACCACGAGGUCAUACCAGGUAGGACCGUGCCACGAUCUGGACAGCAGUUCAAUCUUGGGCCUCCGCCGUACCUGCAAGAAGCAGAUUGGUUGUAG